AACUCAAGACAGAACAAAUUAAAAAGCUCAUUUCUGCUCGGAAAUAAUUCUAAACAUGUCCGGUGGAUACCCUCAACACCCUCCCGGCUACGGCUACGGUUCCCCACCAGCUCAGCCUUACACAGCCGCUCCAUACACAGCUGGAGCACCGCCGCCACCUCAACCGUACGGUGCUCCAUACGCCGCUGCACCAUACGGCGCACCUUCUGCUCCCUACUCUGCCCCUCUAGGCGAGAAACCACCAAAGGACAAGCACCAGGCGCAUGGCGUCGGUGGUGCUCCUCCAGUUCACAGCGGAAGCUAUCCUCCCGCAGGAGGCUAUGCGAGCCCGUUCGCAUCUCUGUUGCCGUCGGCAUUUCCACCGGGGACAGAUCCUAACGUCGUUGCCUGCUUUCAAAUGGCUGAUCAAGAUGGAAGUGGGUUUAUCGAUGAUAAAGAGUUGCAAAGGGCGCUUUCUUCGUAUAACCAAAGCUUCAGUUUGAGAACUGUUCGUUUGCUCAUGUAUCUCUUCACUAAUACUAACACCAGAAAGAUCGGUCCGAAGGAGUUCACUUCAGUGUUCUAUAGUCUUCAGAAUUGGAGGGCCAUCUUUGAGAGAUUCGAUAGGGACAGGAGUGGCAAAAUAGAUGCCAAUGAACUGAGAGAAGCACUUCUGAGUCUCGGAUUUUCAGUCUCUCCUGUUGUUUUGGAUUUGCUUGUCUCAAAGUUUGAUAAAACUGGAGGCAAAAACAAGGCCAUUGAAUAUGACAACUUCAUCGAGUGCUGCCUUACAGUUAAAGGACUAACUGAGAAAUUCAAGGAGAAGGAUACCAUGUACAGUGGUAAUGCGACUUUUACAUACGAAGCUUUUAUGCUUACCGUUCUGCCUUUCCUAAUUGCAUGAAUUAAUAGAUUAUGAAGGCAAAACGGUAUUGUCGUUGAUUAUGGGUUUGCGUUUAUGGAGUAAAUUCCUUUAGGUAUUUUAACUCUGUUUUUCUUGUUAUUGAAGGUUUUUUUUUUUUAAUAUUAUUAAAGGAUUUGAUUUGAAUUACUUGUAUUAGCACUAUUUUGAAGUUAAUUCUAAUCGCCAUGUUUAUGCGGUUUUCAUGCUUUGCUGUUCCAUGUUCCAUGGAGCCAUGUUAUGUGAGUUUUGGAAUUUUUGCAAAUUGAAUAAAUGCCAUGUGCAAGGUCAAUGCAUAUUGAUAUGUUUUA